AUGCCUGCGGGUCGCGAGCACUGCAUUCGGUGCCAUAAAGACUUCUCAGUCAAUUACCCCUCGGCCUGCAUCGUACCCCACGUGUUUGACUCUCGCUGUGACCCACUUCGUCUUUACAGUGGAGAAUUUCAAUGGAUGUCGGAGUGUUGCGGGGGUUAUGGUACUGUGACGGAGGAAGAACCUGGAAGUGGCGUCUUCCGUAUGAUGGAACUCACCGCCUGUUAUCGUGGUCCGCACACGACGCGCAAGGACGUUGUUCGACUCCAAUACAAUGGUGUGAGCAUCCUUAGGUGCAAACACAACAGGUCCGGAAAAUGCAUCCGAAACCACUUGACGCAGAGAAGUAGACCGGUUUUUGACAAGGAGGUGGCGUAUUGCGAUGGGGACGAACAAGACCGACACCAUGAUGGAUAG